GCACAGUCCCACCCAUCCAUACACACAGAGGAAGCUUCUACUCCGCUGGGAUCACGAAGACUGCCAGUAGCAUCGACGUCGGUUAUCUUGACCAUGUCUGAUCAGUUGGGUAUUGAUGACUUUGCCGAAGUGCAAGAGGCUCUGUGGGAGGCGAGAUCAAAAUGGCACAACACUGGGACCCGACUCAAACUGGGGGUCUUUGAUCUCGAUUGCAUCAAUUCUGAGCCAGGGUUUGGUCUGGAUGACAAGUUCAACCUCAUGAUCAAGACCAGGUUGAAGAGGAUGGAGCCAUGCACCUGGAGAGAUCUCUACGAUGCUCUUAAUCAUCCUACUGUUGAUAUGCCCAGUGUUGCCAACAAACUCACAGCGAAGUUACCAAUUGUUGUGGCACUACCUGCAGAGCAAAGGGAAGCAGGUGUGGCUAAAACCUCAUCUAUUAGUGGAGGAGUCCAA